CACAUUUGGUACACGCAUAUUUCCCCUAUUUUUAGGGUUAUUUUAUUAGGCACUUUUUUCGGUGUCACGUUCACAUAUAUAAAGUUUACAAACCCCAUUCCCACAUUCACAAUUCUCAUUCUCCAAUUUUGCUCCGUCUCCAUUGAUUUAUUUUGGAAGCGGGGCAUCUCCUUAUUCAUCAAUUUCUGCAUCUCUUCUCAACAUGGCUCCCAACAGAUGGAUUAGACCCGAGGUAUACCCACUUUUCGUGCCUGUUGGUAUGGCUAUUGGCCUCUGCGCUAUGCAACUUGUUCGAAACAUAACCACCAAUCCUGAAGUCAGGGUAACCAAACAGAACAGAGCUGCAGGAGUUCUUGACAAUGAAACGGAGGGUGAGAAAUAUUCACAGCACUUUGUCAGGAAGUUUGUCCGCGGCAAGAGCCCUGAGAUUAUGCCAUCCGUCAACGGCUUCUUCUCCAAUCCAAACUAAGUCAAGCAGAUGCCAUGCUUUUUCUUCUAGAAAAUUUCAUUUCUGGGUUUAAAUAAUAUAUUUGGCUUUCUGUUGUUUUGAAUUGAGAAGUAGGAGGAUAAAGGAAUUUGAUUUUUCAGAUAAAGGAUAUAUUAUGAUUGUGUAAUUUCUUGUUGGAUGGGAUUCAAUUUGUCUCAAGAAUAAAGGUUUAUACUUGCAA